AUGGUUUUCAAGCUGGAACACCUCAACGGGACUGUGGUGAGCCACUUCUUCCUGGAAGGCCUGAUGUACACAAGGGAACAUCCUCGCCUCUUCUUCCUCCUCUUCCUCCUCAUCUAUAGCAUCACGGUGACUGGGAAUCUCCUCAUUCUUCUAACUGUGAGUGGUGACCCACACCUCUGCUCCCCCAUGUACCACUUCCUGGGCCACCUGUCCUUCCUGGAUGCUUGCUUGUCUACAGUAACAGUGCCCAAGGUCAUAGCAGGUCUGCUGACUCCGGAGGGGAAGGUGAUCUCCUUCCAAGGCUGUGUUGUACAGCUUUACUGCUUCCAUUUCUUGGCCAGCACCGAGUGCUUCCUGUACACAGUCAUGGCCUAUGACCGAUACCUGGCCAUCUGUCAACCCCUGCACUACCCAGUGGCCAUGAGCAAAAGGGCGUGCGCGGGGCUGGCAGGGAUCACCUGGGCCGUAGGUGCUGUGCACUCUGCGGUCCAUACCUCGCUCACCUUCCGCCUGCGCUACUGCGGGCCUUGCCACAUCGCCUACUUCUUCUGCGACAUUCCCCCUGUGCUGAAGCUGGCCUGCGCAGACAUCACAAUCAACGAGCUCGUCAUGCUUACCAACAUUGGCGUAGUGGCUGCAGGCUGCCUGGUCCUCAUUGUCAUGUCCUACGUCUUCAUCGUGAUGGCCGUGCUGCGCAUCCGCACCGCAGAGGGCCGACAGCGGGCCUUCUCCACCUGCUCGGCCCACCUCACCGUGGUGCUCCUGUACUACCUGCCACCUGUGUGCAUCUACCUGCAGCCCCGCUCCGGAGGGCCGGGAGCUGGGGCCCCCGCUGUCUUCUACACAAUCGUCACUCCCAUGCUCAACCCUUUCAUUUACACGUUGCGGAACAAAGAAGUGAAGAGGGCACUUGGGAGGUGGCUGUGCCUGAGUCCCGAGAGCCUCCUGGGGGCAGCACACCCGCCUGACCCAGGAACUGCUGCAAGCCCUAAAUCCAGUAGCAGAAAUCAUUCCCAAGGAAAGCAAGAUAACUGUCAGCUCAGCCUCUGAUCAAGGGCUCUGAUAAGGGGCUGAGCUCUCUGUCACACUCAUAAGCUCACCACCUCUAAAUGCA